UAAUAAUUAUACAGCUACUGCACCUUGAGAUUUUGUUUGUUUGUCAUGAUUCUUAAAAGAAAUUAAAAACACUGUAUAUAAAUAUAAAUAAAAUUGUUUGUUUAAUUCUAUAUUUAUCUGUAAACUAAAUAAGUUACCAGUGUUUACUAAGAAAAUCGAAAGAUGAUAACCUUUAAAGAAGAAGUGGAUUUAAAGAAUCAUACUCUAAUUAUUCCGGCUGUAGCCGUUGGAAAUGUUGGCCAAUUAACAGUUGAUUUGAUAAUUUCUAGUAUGCAAUUACGAAGAAUUGGUCAUUUUUCGAAUUCCUCAUUUAUUCCAGUUGUAGGAACUGAUCCGUACGACGAAAAUUCUAAAGAAAUUUGUACUUCUGCUGAUUUAUAUCAUAGCUCUGAUAAAAAAGUUGUUGUAUUGCAAAUUCGUUCACCUGUAAUUAGAAAAUUAUCGCAGUUUUACAAUGAAUUGAAGAAUUUUAUCAAGUACCAUCAAAUAUCGAAGGUUGUUAUUUUGACAAGUAGUUAUAGUCACGAGAUUAGAGAUGUUCAAUUGAAAACAGUUCGAUUACGUUAUAUUGCAUCGACAACUCUAACAGCUGAGGAUACCACUCAAUUUGAAAAUCUAAAUUGGAUAAAAUUAGAACCAAAAGUUGUUGAUUAUGUCGAUACUGAAGGUGUUCUACAAAUUCCUGGCGGUGGCUUUGCAAAAUGUUUCUUCGAAACUUUAGAGAAAGAUGAAAUUCCUUGUGUUGUUUUAUUAAAGUUUUGUUCUGAAGGUGACAACAUCCCUGAUGCUCUUGAUUUGUUGAAUUACUUGAAUCAAUGGUUAUCAAUUGUUUCGCAUAAUGACGAUAAAUUAUUAGCUAUUAAAUAUCCCUCGUCGUGGAAAUUUUUGUUUGGCAACUCUCCACCCUCGGAGAUAUAUUAAAUAUAUAUUUUAUACAAAUAUA